AUGUUGUUUUUUGGUGUUCUUCUUGUCAUCUUCUUUUUCCCCAUCUUCUUCUCACACUUAUUGCUUUCUUCUUCUUCUUGCUUUCUCUUUUUUCUUCUUCUUCUUCUUCUUCUUCUUCUUCUUUGCCUCCUUGCCUUCUUUUUCUUUUUUUUUCUCUUUCUUUGUUGUUCUUUACAUUUUCUUCUCCUACUCCCCCGCUUCCUUGUCUACUUCUUCUUUGCCUACUUGUCUUUCUUCUUCUUCUUCUUCUUCUUCUUCUUCUUCUUCUUGACUCUUCCUUCCUCUUCCUCCUUGCCGUAUUCUUCUUGCCAUUUUCUUUUUCUUCUUCUCCUUCCCCUCCUCCUUGCCUCCUCCUCUUCCUUCCUUCCUUCCUUCUUUCUUCUUCUUCUUCUUCUUCUUCUUCUUCUUCUUCUUCUUCUCUAUUUUAUUCAUCUUCUUUUCUCCCUCUCCUUCACUCUUCCUUCCUCUUCCUUCUUACCGUUUUCUUCUUUCCAUUUUCUUUUUCUUCUUCUCCUCCUCCUCCCCUCGCCUCCUUGCCUCCUCCUCUUCCUUCCUUUCUUCUUCUUAAUUUUCUUUUUCUUCUUCUUCUCCUCCGCCUCCUUGCUUCCUCCUCUUCCUUCCUUCCAUCCUUCCUUCCUUCCUUCCUUCCUUCCUUCCUUUCUUUCUUCUUCUUCUUCUUCUUCUUCUUCUUCUUCUUCUUCUUCUCUCGAUUCUCUCUUUCUUUCUUACUUUUUUCAUUUCUUCCUUUCCUUCCUUCUUUCUUUCCUUCUUUUUUUAGCUAACAAAAUGAUUUGUGAAACUCAAUACUUCAAUUCUUUCUUUCUCUCCUCCACACUUCUUUCUUUCUUUUUUUCUUUUUAUUUUCUUUCUUUCUUUCUUUCUUUCUUUCUUUCUUUCUUUCUUUCUCUUUAG